AUGCCGGCUUUAGCUUGUUUUGUGGAUGCUGCUACUGCAGUCCUUCCUCCUCCCGGAUACGCUCUCGCCGGAGAUUUCACUCUUCCGCUGCCGUUCACAUUUUCGGCUGCGGCGACAAUAACCGACGAUGCCGAUGCCGCCACCGCCGUUGAGGAUGUGGCCGUUGAGGAUUCCGCUGCCAAUUGGUCUCCGUCACUUUCCAGCAAACUGUUCAGAAUUGAUGGCUGGGGCUUUCCUUAUUUUGGGGUUAACGAUGCUGGUGACAUCUCCGUUAGGCCUCAUGGCGCGGCGACGAUGUCUCACCAGGAGAUUGAUUUGCUCAAGGUUGUGAAGAAAGCCUCCGAUCCGAAAUGCUGUGGCGGACUCGGGUUACAGCUGCCUCUUGUUAUUCGGUUUCCUGAUAUUUUGAAGGAUCGCCUUGAGUCAAUUCAUGCUGCUUUUGACGGUGCUAUUCAGUCGCAGGGGUAUGAAUCUCAUUACCAAGGUGUUUAUCCUGUGAAGUGUAACCAGGAUAGGUAUAUUGUGGAGGACAUUGUUGAUUUUGGGUCAGCUUUUCGGUUCGGGUUAGAAGCUGGGUCGAAACCUGAAUUGCUUCUGGCUAUGAGCUGUUUGUGUAAAGGCAACAGAGAUGCCUUUCUGGUUUGCAAUGGUUUCAAAGACACCGAGUAUAUCUCUCUGGCUUUGAUUGCGAGGAAGCUGGCUUUGAACACUGUUAUUGUUCUUGAGCAACAGGAAGAGCUUGAUAUGGUGGUUGAGAUCAGCAAGAAGCUCUGCAUUCGUCCUGUGAUUGGCGUUCGUGCGAAGUUGAAGACCAAACAUUCUGGCCAUUUUGGUGCAACUUCUGGUGAUAAAGGUAAAUUUGGUUUGACAACAAUUCAGAUUUUGCAUGUGGUGAAGAAGCUUGAACAGUUAGAUAUGCUUGAUUGUCUCCAAUUGUUGCAUUUUCAUAUUGGCUCUCAAAUUCCCACAGCUGAGUUGGUUGCUGAUGGUGUUAGAGAAGCUUCACAGAUCUACUGUGAAUUGCUUCGAUUGGGUGCCCAGAUGAAAGUUUUGGAUAUCGGGGGUGGUUUGGGAAUAGACUACGAUGGUUCAAAGACUGGUGAUUCUGAUGUAUCUGUUGCUUAUGGUUUAGAAGAGUAUGCUGCUGCUGUUGUUCAUGCUGUGAAGUAUGUGUGUGAUCGUAGGAACGUGAAGCAUCCUGUGAUUUGCAGUGAGAGUGGUAGGGCCAUUGUGUCUCAUCAUUCCAUUUUGAUUUUUGAGGCUAGUGGUGCAAGUACAAACACCGCUCCUUCCUUGUCCUCCAUUGGAUUACAGUAUUUAGGUGAAGGGCUCUCUGAAGAAGCACUUGCCGAUUAUCAGAACAUUUCUGCUGCUACCCUCCGGGGUGAAUAUGAAGCAUGCUUGCUCUACACUGAACAAUUCAAGAAAAGCUGUGUUGACCAAUUCAAGCAAGGGACUUUAGGGAUUGAGCAGCUUGCUGCAGUGGAUGCUCUAUGUGAUUUGAUUACGGAGACAAUCGGGGCAAAGGAUCCAGUUAAGAAGUACCAUGUGAAUCUUUCUGUGUUCACAUCCAUUCCUGAUUUUUGGGGCAUAAAUCAGUUGUUUCCCAUUGUCCCUAUUCAUCGUUUGGAUGAGAAACCAACUGCUAGGGGUAUUUUAUCUGACCUGACUUGUGACAGUGAUGGCAAGAUUGACAAGUUCAUCGGUGGUGAGUCAAGCUUGCCGCUUCAUGAAUUGGAAGGACACGGCGGAGGAUACUAUCUAGGAAUGUUCUUGGGCGGGUCUUAUGAGGAGGCACUUGGUGGGUUGCACAACCUGUUUGGUGGCCCUAGUGUAGUUAGGGUUUUACAGAGCGAAGGUCCACACGGUUUUGCUGUUACGCGGGCAGUUGCUGGAUCGUCCUGUGCAGAUGUCCUUCGAGUGAUGCAGCACGAGCCGCAGCUCAUGUUUGAGACGCUUAAGCACCGGGCACUUGAGUUUUGUGGGCAGCAUGAUGAUGACAGUGUGGUGAGUGCAGGGGGGCUGGCAAAUAGUUUAGCUCAAUCCUUUGAUAACAUGCCUUAUCUGGUUUCAUCCACAACCUGUUGCUUGAAUGCUCUCACCAACAAUGAUGGUUUUUACUACUGUUCUGGUGAUGAUUUCAGUGCAGAUACUGUUUCUGUUGCCACUUCUGUUGCUGGAGAAGAUGAGAAUUGGCCUUAUUGA